AACAGUUCAAUUGUAAGCUUGAAAUGGUUAGCAGAACUAGAAAGAUAAUGAGAUUUUAGAGUAGAUAUAAGCUAGAUAUUGUGAUUGUUAGUUGUCAUUAACCAAGACCUUCCUCAAUUGAUAUUUGGAGAAAUUACAGAAAUAGGUGACUGGCAUUGAAGUAUUUGCUGUAGAAAACAACUGCAUCAACUGAGUCCAAAAUGAAGACACAGAAACUGACAGCUACUUUAUUUACCAUGGUGUUUUUAUGCUGGAAUAUCCAUGGAGUUCUGACCACAACUGCAGCUCCUACGACAACUGCAGCUCCUACGACAACUGCAGCUCCUACGACAACUGCAGCUCCUACGACAACAACUGUAGCUCCUACUACAACAACUGUAGCUCCUACUACAACAACUGGAGCUUCAACGACAACCAAUGCAGCUCUUCCUACAACUGUAAGUCCUACGACCACUACACCAGCAACCACAACUACAGCACCUUCUACGACAGCCACUGCAGCUCCGACCCCCACAACUGCAGAACCUACAACGACAACUGUAGCUCCUACGACCACUACACCACCUACUUCGACAACCGCUGCAGCAUCUGCUAAAAUAACUACAACUGACGCUUCUACGACAACAUCUUUAGCGCCUAUGACCACUACAACGGCAGCACCUACUUCAACAACUACAACUGAAGCUCCUACGAUAACCACAACUGCAGCACCUACUUCAACAACUACAACUGAAGCUCCUACGAUAACCACAACUGCAGCACCUACUAC